AUGGGGUCUACAGCUGCCCCAACUGUAGAGAACAUCUACCAGAACGUCCUGCACAUCCUGAGGAAGAACUCAACCCUGAGCAACAUAGCCCAACGUUUCCAAUCUUCAACACCAGCGGAAGCCAAUGUCUGUGCCUUCUGUCUUACAGAUGAAUUGAAUGUUCUGUUCAACGCCACCCUGAGCGAGGUCUCCAGACAAGCAGAACAAAUGUCUCUCACACUCUUGGACCUAAUUAAACACUUGGAAAUUGAGAAGGAUGAGCUGUACAUAAUGGUCAUACAGGAAUCAAAAGGAAAUUAUUUUUGUAAUGAAGAUAAAGAGGAAGAUGACGAGUAUGAUAAAGAGCCGAAAUCAAAGACUGGCGGGAAGGAAUAUAAAGACCUACUGCUGGACAUAGACACGGCAGGUAAUUAUCUACAUGUAUCGGAGGACCUGAAGACCGUCUCCUGGUCAGAAGAAAACUGGAACCGUCCAGACUGGGAGGUGGAGAUGAGUAAAUCAUCACUAGAUGAAGCAGCCAAGAGUAAGAAGAAGACAUUGAGAAACAUCUAUGAUAAAUUGUCUUCUAAGAGGGGAAGGGCUGAGGAGAAGAUCCAGAGUCUGAAGUGGCAUGACAAAAAGAUUAAUGCAAAAGCAAUAGGUAUAACAAGAAGACUGAACACCAUGCAUAUAGACAUGAAGGACCAGUUGAAUGUUCUGUUCAACGACGUCCUGAAGGAGGUCUCCAGACAAGCAGAACAAAUGUCUCUCACACUCAACCUAAUCAAACACUUGGAAAUUAAGAAGGAUGAGCUGUACAGUAAGAUGGACCAUGUCGGACAGUUGUUUAAUGUUUCUGAUCCAGUAAUGGUCAUACAGGAAUCAAAAGGAAAUGACUUUUGUAAUGAAGAUGAAGAGGAAGAGGACGAGUAUGAUAAAGAGCCAUAUGUCAUGGGUGAUCUGGAUGAAAGUCUCAUCUCACAGACACUGCAUGAGGGUUUAUCUAAUGUAAUGAAAGUUGCACAGGAAGUCAAAGACUGGCGGGAAUAUACAGACCUACUGCUGGACAUAGACACGGCAGGUAAUUAUCUGCACGUAUCAGAGGACUUAAAGACCGUCUCCUGGUCAGAAGAAAACUGGAACCGUCCAGAGACACCACAGAGAUUCCAGAGCUUUCAAGUCUUGAGCAUCAAGAGUUUCUCAUCAGGACGCCAUCUCUGGGAAGUGGAGAUGAGUAAAUCAGGAGGUUGGGCGGUCGGGAUGUGUUAUCCCAGCAUAGAGAGGAAGGGGGACCUCUCGGACAUUGGGGACAAUAGUAAGUCAUGGGGUUUAUGGGGGUUUAUUAAUAAGUUCUUCUUGAGGCAUGACGGUAAGAGGAUAGUAAUAUCACCACAGAAUGGCUCCUGCCGCAGACUGAGGAUAGAUCUAGAUUAUGAGGCCGGCCAGUUGUCCUUCAGUGAGAGGGAUGACUUAGUGAGACACCUCCACACCUUCACCGCCAACUUCACCGAGCCUCUUCAUGCUGCAUUUUGGGUGAGAGGAAAUAAAGACCAGAAAGAUUGUGUGGUGAGAAUAAAACGUUGCAAGAAGAUAAAAUAA